AUGCUUAACGAAAAAGACGAAGCUUCCUUGCCCAUCUUCAAACACAUAAUAAAGUAUGCCAUCAAUAAAGUCAACAGCAAUUCUACUGGGGUCAACUUUAAUUACGAGUUCGAGGAAUACGAUGGGUCUUCUCUUUUUGAAGUUGUCAAUGCCUCAUGCAACUUACUGACUAAAGAUGUGGUAGUGGUGAUAUCUCCAGAUAUUUCCAACAAUAUUGCGAACCAAGCAGAUGUAUUUAACAGCGUCAAGAUGCCUCUCAUCGCAUCUGCAGCAACAGAUUCUUAUCUACAAACUGCAGGAAGGAACCAACUGUAUGUCAUGGCCCCCUCAGAUUUGACCCAGGCACAAGUUCUUGUGGACUUGCUGACAAAAUUUGGUUGGACAAAGCUUUCACUGAUAUCCUCUGACAGUAACUACGGUAUCCACAGUGCUACAACUUUACAACAGUUGCUGAUUGAAAGAACGGCUGAUGUCACUGCCGAGGAAGAGUUUGAUGCUUCAGUAUACUUCUUUGAAGCUGUAAGUGAUCCUGCUGACCUGUACUUGGAGGAUAUUCUAAAGAACGUGGUAGAGUCUCUAGAUAGAGUAUUUGUUUUACAUUGCGAGGACUACUACGGUAGAUUUGUCCUGGAAGAGGCUUAUAAUGCAGGUCUGUUGAGCGAGGAUUUUGUUUGGAUUGUCACAGAAAGUAUUGUUUCAACCCCACAAUCACUGAGAGUUAGAACAACUGAUAACAAUUAUUAUUUUCCCAUCUACUAUGAGGGUCUGAUAGGUAUAUCUCUUUAUGUGGAUACUGUGAAUCCAACCUAUAGAGAUUUUAAGCGUGAUGCUGUGUCAUCUCUUGCAGGAGAGAUGAAAGGUAGUGACAUUACCCCUUUAGUAGCGAUGCUAUAUGAUGCAGCCAUGCUCGCCACUACAGCACUUCAAGAUAACAUUAAUGAGUUGACAGGAACUGUUGCAGAUGCAAGAUGUGGAAACAACAAAUGGGCGGCUGGUAAAGACAUUGCACGUUUUCUGACGACCACUAAUUAUACAGGAGCUUCUGGGUCUUAUAAUUUAGAUAGAAAUCAUGCAAAAGAUCAUGACAGCCAAUACAGAAUCGUGAAUUUCAUAGAUCCAGGGACAGGACUUGAUAGUGGAUUUUCGGGAAUAGGGACGUGGACAACUGCUCAAGGACUCAAAAUAACCUCAGGAGAUAUUCAAUUUCUUGGAGGAGUCAAGAAAACCCCGACAGGCAUUGCUGAUACAUUAGAAGGUCAGCAUUUGAAGGUAGGGGCCCUUCAUGCUCCUCCUUUUGCUAUAAAUGCAAAUGUGGAAGGUUGCAAAGAAAUAGAGUGCUGGGAAGGAAUCUGCCCAAAGAUUGUUAAAAGAUUGGCAGAAGACCUUAAUUUUACAUACGAGUUUGUUGAGCCAAAAGAUAAGAAAUACGGCCUCUUGACUAAAACUGAAAGCAACCCAACAGGAGAGUGGGAUGGCAUGGUAGGUGACCUCUUAAAAAAAAGGAUUGAUAUCAUUGCCAUGGAUUUAUCGGUAAGCUCACAGAGAAGAUCGUAUAUAGACUUUACUUUCUCCUACCUGGACUCUGGAAUAAGUGUCAUAAUGAAAGCGGAGUCUAAAACAGAUAACAGAUUCUUUUUCUUGAGUCCAUUUGCCUUUUCGACAUGGGUUGCGAUAUUCAUAGCAUUUGCCCUCAUUUCAGUAUUCCAGACUAUAUUUGGGAAGCUUUCUCCCUUUGAUCAGCAUGGGAUAAUAGCUUUUGCAAAUGAAACUUGUUGCUGUAAAAGUUGUGAGGAUCCUACGGAUGAUUCAGCCAAGUGUUUGGCAACUGAGGCACAAAAAGAGAUCAAUGCCGAUUCAAUUUCUCUGAUUAAUGCUGUUUGGGUAAUCGGAGGCAGUUUACUUGGACAGGGAGGUGAACCUUUGCCGAGAAGCCCAUCUGGACGAAUGAUAGUUCUGACAUGGUGGUUCUUUGUUCUGCUUAUCACCAAUAUGUAUGGAGCUAACCUCACAGCCUUCAUGACUCUUGACAACCAAGGUGUACCUAUAAGUAAACCUUCUGAGCUGCUAAUUCAAACUGAUUAUAAAUGGGGUGUACGACAUGAAUCCAUAACUGCAGUCCUUCUGGAAAACAAUAUUGAAACAAAUUAUCAAAAGCUAGGGAGCCAAUCAGAAGAUGUCCCAAGUUUUCAUAGUGGGAUGGAAAUGGUUGAUGAAGGUGGAUUUGCUUUCAUCGAGGAUACUCUGUGGCUUGAAUACUACAUUUUUGACAGCUGUGAAAUCUUCUUUUUAUUGAAAUACCGUGAAGAAGGAUUCUUUCACGACCUUUGGAAUGAGCAAGGAAAAAGAAUAGAAGAAAGGAAAUGUGGUAAAGACAGCGUUGGCAGCGACAAAAUGCUGAGUUUCCAAACUCUUAUUGGUAUCUUCUAUGUUUUGAUUCUUGGAGUGUUAGUGAGUGUAACCCUUUUGAUCUUAGAAUUAACUGUUGCAACAAUACGCGACAAUUCUCAUGACGGCAAAACCACCUUUCUUGAGAGACUCAAGCGAAGACUAAAGUUAGCAUUUGUAGCAACUAGCUUUCAGAGGAAAAGGAAGGGGCGCAGAAGCAAGUUGCCUAUAUCUCCACUUCCAGCAAUCAGUCCAGUUGAACCAGAAAUCUCUUCUGAGAACCAAGAAGAAAACUGCAAAGUUUAAGGUGAAGAAGUCUUUGAUAAGCUUGAAGAGUAUUGAGAACAAUUUGAAAGAUCGAAAUUGAAAACAAAACAAUAUCUUUUAGGGUUAUCUUUGAUGGAUAAUU